GUAAACCAUUGUCGAGUAAAGAGAUUUACGGACUAAGAACAAUGUCUCUAAGAAGUAGUAAAAAAUUGAAAAAAAUUCAACAUUUGGAGAAUCUUAUCACAGAGUUGAUAAACACAGAGGAAAAUUAUAUAAAAGAUCUAUCGAAUGUGGUUGAGUGCUAUUUGCAAGAGUUUCGCACUCCAAAUCCCAGAAUAUGCAUUCCAGGCGAUUUGCGGGGAUGUAAAGCACAAAUAGUUUUUGCAAAUAUUGAGGAUAUCUAUUAUUGGCAUAAAGAAUCUUUCUAUGGGGCACUUGAAAAACAUCGUCAAUCUCCAAAAGAUUUGGCCAAGGUUUUCCUCAAAAGUGAGUCACAGUUCCACAUAUAUGCUAAGUAUUCCGGCAAUAAGGCCAAGUCGCAUUAUAUUGUCACUGAAUAUGCGAGUUAUUUUGAUGCUGUUCGCAAACAUUUUAAUCAGAAAUUGGAUUUAAACAAUAUUCUUUGUACUCCAAUUCAAAGAUUGCCCCGGUAUAAACUAAUUCUAGAGAACAUUGGUGAGCUACUUAAGGAAUUGGAAGGAGAUUGGCAGCCGAUUUGUGAGGCUAAAGGCAUGAUAGAGAGAGUUUUGGCAACUGUCAAUGAUUUUACCGCCAUACAGAGCAUUAAUAACUUUCAUGGCGACAUUUCCGAUCAGGGAAAACUCGUAUAUCACAACUUUCUGACAUGCAAAUACAAAGAGAAAAAGACGCGCUACUAUGUUUUUCUCUUUACGCGAAUUAUUAUAUUCACCAAAAAGAUUGAUCCAAAGAGAAAAUACAGUAGUGCCACCUACAAUUAUAAACUGGAAAUGCCGAUGAACAAAGUCAGCGUCAAGGAGUUGCAUAACAAACGCUUCUCGAUGAUCUAUGCAGAGCCCAAUGUCGAAGAAUUGAUUCUGAUAUGUUUUGGAGAGGAUGAGACAAUUCACAAUCUAUGGCUGCAGAAGAUACACGAACAAAUAAGAAUGCAAAGGGAGUUGAUAGCGGAUUUGGUAAAUCCAUCAACGGAGAGCGAAAGAGAGGUGGUAUAGGUGGAAGAACAUAUUGUUUUUGAAGUAUUCUUGUUAUUGUUUUAGUUAUUAGUUCAGCAACCUUUAUUUCUGGUGUAAGUCGUUGAAUAAUAAACUCUUUGUAAAAAUUAAAA